AGGGGAGAGCAAUCGGCAUAUGCAUAAGGGGUAUUAUCUCAGGGAAACAUGGCAUGUAGAUGCGGUGACAGCUCUGCAGCCGCACAUGUCAGGGCAGCACAGACGACGGGCCUGCGUUUGCGGUGUUGAUCAGCACCAUGGAUUGUGUCAGAGACCGAGCUGUGUCCUCUGUUUGAUUGCAUGAACAUAAAUAACCUGGAGGCUAUAUGGACAUGCGCCUGAUGAUUGCAGUCAGCACCUAAUCAGCCUGUUUGGUGCUGGCAUGUACUAAGUUAGCCUGUCUUGGGUUUUCCGGUUCAGCACAAGUUUUUAAAUUAUGUAGGAAAUUGCAUUCGUAGAAGUCUUUAUAAUUAUUUGAAUUAUAAUGAGAUGUAAGUCAACACCAGUGCUUCAAUAGCAUUAAGAAAGUUUCACGCUUGCAUUGCCCUGACGAAUAAAAGUUGGAGGUUAACCAAGAAGAAGAAUCAGUUUUUUAGGUCCAAUAGCUGCAAUAUUCAUUAUUUACUUUUUAAGUGGUGGUCAGUAAAAUGUUAGUAAUUUGUAUAAAGGCACAUUAUGAACUGUACUGUACAAGUGGUCACUUAAACAUUCCAGUAGAUGCUGCUUUUCUGCAUUAGUAUUGUACUACAUGGUUUCCAGUUUUGGACAUUGAUUGAUUUUGUACGUUUGGCAUGCAACUCUCUCCAUCUGCUUAAAUCAGCAGCAGCGCGCAGGAUUAAUAGCAGGGGUUAUGCAGCCAAAGGCUGAAAAGUGUUUUAAUUAGUUAUUUUUUUUUAACCGUGUAUCUUGUGGAACAGAAUGUGCUGUUUUUCAUUAACUUUUCAGGAGGAAGUUGACAGGAAACAUGGACUUUCAAUGCUACUUCUGUUCAUUUCCCCCCGAAAGUCUUUUAAAGCCACGCUGACGUCACCCCUCCCCAGUUAGCGGCGGUUUCCAUUAAAUCGACGUUACUACGGCUAUUUUUUCACUGUCGGUUUUUGAGACUUCUGUGCACCAUUAACUGAUGUCCAGGACUGUUCUCUGAUUGACGACUGGAAGCCAUGACUCCUUGCAAUGAUAAACUGCUGUUUCCUGCGAGACGCCUACGCCACCUAAGGAGCAUCGCCGCCCGUAACAUCGUCAACAAGAACGGCUCUCCGCUGCUUGACACCUUCUUCACCUUGCAUCUCUGCCAAGAGGACAGAAUAUCCCGAGGAUUUUACAAGAGUGAGGUCAUUAGGGACUCCUUGAACCCCACAUGGAGAAGCCUGGACUUCGGCAUGCUUCCCGACCUCCUGGACACGUCUGUGUCCUGCUUCGUGGUCCGGAUCUGGGGCGGCCGGGAAGAGCAGUACCAGCUGCUCAUCGAGUGGAAGGUGAACCUGGACGGGCUCCGGUACACGGGCCAGCAGAUCCGGUCCAGGAAUCCAAAUGAGAUUAUCUUUGGAUUAAACGAUGGCUACUAUGCAGCUGACUUUGACAAUAAGGAUCAUUCGGAAAGAAAGAAGAGCAGUUUGCUUCAGGUGGACCAGAGUUCAGUGCGUAACUCUUACAGUGUUUUUUCCUUGCUGAGGCUCCACACUGCUCAGAGGGCCAUCAAGCAGACCCAGGUGACUGUGCAGAGGAUCGGCAAGGAGAUUGAGGAGAAGCUGAGGACGACAGCGGCCUGCACUGAGCGGAAGAAGGAGCGGGAAUGCAUGCAGCUGCGGAUCAGCAUCCUGCGUAGUGAGUUGGAGCGGCAGAGGAAGGCCCUGGGUCGAGAGGUGGACGUGCGGCAGAAGGAGAAGGCGCAGCUUCAGAGGAAAGAGGAGGCGUUCUCCAGCAAGCGUCAGAGUUUGGAGAUGGAGAAGGACUCAUUAAAAGAGCAACAGAAAGAAUGUACCUCCAAAAGAGAGCUCUUCUUGAAGACCAACGCCCAGCUCACGUUCCGGUGUCGUCAACUGUUGUCGGAACUGUCCUACAUUUAUCCCAUCGAUAUGAACAGUCAGAAUGAUUUUGUCAUCUGCGGGGUCAAGCUACCGAACUCAGAAGACUUUCAAGCUUUGAGCCACUCUCCCGUGGAUUUCUGUCACUGUUAUGGUUCGACAAACCUAUUUUCGUGCAAGCAUACAAAGGAUGACGGGAGUGUAGCGGUUGCCCUUGGUUACACGGCACACCUGGUCCUGAUGAUUUCGUGCUUCCUGCAGAUUCCGCUCAGGUAUCCAGUGAUCCACAAGGGAUCUCGCUCGUCCAUAAAGGAUACCAUCACUGACAAGCUGACGGAGAAGGAGAGAGAGUUUCCUCUGUAUCCGAGAGGAGAGCGCUUUCAGUUUGAGUACGGCGUCUACCUUCUCAACAAGAAUAUCGCACAGUUAAGGUACCAGCAUGGCCUUUCUACACCGGACCUGCGGCAGACCCUGCCCAACCUGAAGAACUUCCUGGAACAUGGGCUGCUCGUCCGUUGCGACCGGCACGGUGUCUCUGGCUCCAUUCCCGUCCCAUCAAAAUCGCAGCUCAGCCCCACGAUGGCGUCCGAGCUGGCCCACCCGAAUAGAUCCAGCUCUCCGGACCAAGGUGUGCGCAAGCGAGCCAGCUCAGAGGCCGACAAGCAGAAAUACAAGACGCCGCCUGGCGGGUACAGCACCCCCGGCAGCCAGCCCAUCGCCACGUCGCUGCCCACCGACUCGCCCAGGAACCUGUCCUCCUCCCUCGAUACUAGCAUCGAUCUGUCCAAGGAAAUGGAGGCUCUAGAGGACCCGGCAUCUGGCGCCAUGGUGGGGUCUGACCAGGUGGAACCCGCAGAGCCACACUCUGGCGCCGUGAAUGGUGCGGCGUUGCCUCCGCAUGCCCUCAGCGACGGCCUCCCCAUGCCCGCGGAGCUCUGCUGCCCGGUGGAGCGGGCCGAGGAGAUCAUCGGCACCGAGGCCACGGGCUUCGGCGGCACCGAGCACCCCGAGGAAUACCCCUGCAUCCCCGUGGACCGCGCCGUUGCCGUGGAGUGUGACGAGCAGGUGUUGGGCGAGCUGGACGCCGCCGGCUUCGAGGAAUUCUCCCGCCGCAUCUAUGCACUGAACGAGAACACGUCCAGCUUCCGGAGGCCGCGCAAAAACUCAGACAAGUGAGGUCGGGACCCGGGGGGCCGGGGCAGAGCGGGGGGGAGAAGCUGUCUUGUUGUCGUUUCUUUGUUUUCCUCUGUAGUGACAUGGAGACAGUGGAGAUAUGCAUUGUUUGUUUGUUUGUUUGUUUUCCUGGCGUAAUGACCGAUUUGCACUUCUCUAAGCAUUUCUAUUAUCCUUUAAAUGAAAUAAAAGAGAGAGUUGUGGCCGAA